GAGUUCGCAUUGUGUCGCUCAAAUUGAAUAAAUUUACGUGUGUACUUGCAACGGGGUUUCCCCCGGGGGGGGUUUAUCUAUCGACCUACUGCGCGCUGUGACUUGUUUACAAUAAACAUUACGUCAAGGCAGCCUCUGCCUCUUUAAUAUCUAUAUAUAUUAUGGCUCAAACGGCGAGGACUUUGAUCCGAGUGUCGUGCGGCAUCAUCAUCAUCUUCUGCAUCAUCAUUUGGAUCUCAAUAGUGCGACGCCGGGAUUUGGACAAUUGCCGCCGGCGCUUUUAAGUGGCAGUCCGUCGAGGCCGGAGGAAUCGUUUGCUCGCCAUCUGCCACCAACGAUAUCCCCCUCAACGCCCCCGCCGCCGCCCACCUCAGCCAUGCAACGUUCGCAGGAGACGCAGCAGCGUCUCAUGGCUCUCUCCGCCUCCACUCCGCUCUCCUCCUCGGCUCUGAGCAAUGGCUCCGGUUCCGGCUUGGAGCACUUGUUCAGCGAGGAGCAAAAGGAACACCUGCUGGACAUGGCGCGUCUUCGGGAGCCCGUCUCCAACCUGGACAUACGUGAUACUGGCGUCUAUGCCAAGACAUAUCUGCCACGCGGCACCCGCUACGGACCCUUCCCCAUGCGUCUCUGCCAACAACCCAGCGAUCGUCAUCUGGCUUGGGAGGUGAUUGCCGGCCCACUUUUUCAUGGCUGGCUGGAACCCUCAUCCGAUGUGGCCACAUGGCUGAAAAAAAUACGCGCCGUGCAAAUCGAUGAAAUUGAAGAGGCUAAUUUAAAGAAUUUUAUAUUUGACGGCUAUCUGUGGUACGAAACCAAACGGGAUGUGAAUGCAGGCGCUGAAAUUGUGGUCGAUGGACGUCCCAAAACUCCCUAUGAUAUCAGUGAGAAUAGUAUGGCAACUGCUGCGGCUGUUACAGCAGCAGUGGCAAAAGUAGCCAACAAGAACAACAACAACAAUAGCAACAGCAAUAACAACAACAAUAGCUUAUUAAGCAACGAUGAUCGCAGCGAUCGAGAUAAUGGUUCCCAUUAUAGCAGCGACGAGUUUACCAAAGAGAAAAAAAACUUAUCGCAGGGCGAUAUCGAUUUCACAGACGACGAAAACGCUAUCGAUAUACGCUGUGAGGUCUGUGAUAAUGUCUAUACGGAUUUAGAACGCCUGGAUGAUCAUUUGGUGGUCCAACAUCAUUUUAAACGCGGAGAAGUUGCCUGCGAGCUUUGUGGCCAGCGUUUCUGUCAUCGUCCAUUGGUGAUCAAACACGGGGCAAUCGUACAUAAUAAUUCACGCAAAUAUUCCUGCGAGAACUGUUCCAAGGUAUUCCGUGACCCAUCGAUUUUACAGCGUCAUAUUCGCGCCUAUCACGUUGGAGCUCGCAGUCACCCGUGUCCGGAGUGCGGCAAAACAUUUGCGACAUCGUCGGGUCUAAAGCAACAUCAGCACAUCCAUUCGUCGGUGAAGCCCUUCUCCUGUGAGGUGUGCUUCAAGGCGUACACACAGUUCUCGAAUCUGUGUCGUCAUCGGCGCAUGCACGCCGAUUGUCGUGUCCAGAUCAAUUGCAAGAAGUGCAACACGAGCUUCAAUUCGGUCACCUCGUUGUCCAAGCACAAGAAAUUCUGCGAUACAACGGAUAGCUUUCGCAGUCAACAGAGUCGCCUGCAUCAUCAUCAUCACCAUCACAGCCAUCAUCACCAGCAGGAGCGGCAGCAGCAGCAGCAGCAGCAGCAACAACAGCAGCAACAGCAACAACAACCGUCAAUUCCACUGUUGUUGCCACCAGGAGCACAUCAACGCCUUGCCGUCGGCAAUAGCUCGAGCUCAAGCAGCGAGUCCAACAACUCUGCCAUGGCCACUCCACCGAAUCAUCUAUUUAUGUUGCGUCCCAGCACAUCGUUCUUUCCGGGAUUCCCCCACUACGGAUUGCCCAAUUUCUUUCAGCAGGCUGGCAACUUCCCCUUGCCGCACAUGUUCCCCAAUCCGCAGCUGGCGGAGAUGGGACGAGGCCUGGCCCCUUUGGUCUUUGGUCCCAAUGCCGCAUUCCAACAGCAGCUGCAGGCGGCAAUGAACAUCAAAUCGGAUUCACCGCCAUUAAAACAUGAAUCCAGCUCACCGGAGCAAAAGCCCAUCAAAUCCGAACUUCAGGCAUCCGACGAAGAAGAGGAGGAGCAGGACCGGGAGGAAGAGGAACAGUCCAGUUACGAAUUGGAGUCCAGCAAAGUUAGGCCGAAAUCGACAAAACUGAAACGGGAUACGGGAAAGGUUAAGCGGGAGCUCAAGUCGGAGACAAAUUCCGCACAGCAGAUCGAGGAGGAGAACGACCUUGAAAAUGACAGGAAAUCCAUUGACAUUGUUAGCACUCCGCCGCCAACAGAGGCUGAAACAGAGGAGUUGCAGCCGGAGAAAAGCAGCGCGGAGCAGCCUCUGGAUCUGUCCGUCAGUCGCAAGCGUCGCAGCUCUGUUUGCAACAGUUCCACGCCCGCCCCGCUGUCCAUUUGCAUGUCCAGUCGGACACCCACACCCGACCUGGAGGCGGAUGAAGAUGUGGAGCUACUGCAGCCGCCGCCGACAAAGAUGGCGAAACACAGCUCAGGGGAAUCUUCGACGUCACGGCUGUCGUACAAGGGCAGCAGUCCGACGCACAGUGCCAGCGCCUCGCCAGGACCCAACACCUCCCCCUCGCCACCGAUUAGUACGGGCGGGGAUCUGAGCAGCAUGUCGGAGAGUGCAGCGGCAUCUGCGGCAUCAGCGGCAUCGGCGGCUGCAGCGGCUGCUGUUUCGGCCAUGACUUGUCCAAGGCCACAGUUGGCUCCACAGCUGUUGCUGGAGGAGUUUUAUCGCACACGCUUCUCACCGCAACAGAUUCCUUUUUUAGGCCGAAUGGGCGGACGGCCAGGUUUUGAGCUGCCAGUUGCAGGUGCGCUUGCACCGAUGAGCAGCUCGCGUCAUCUGUCGUUUCCGCCCGAGCACAAUUUCCGUGAGGCAUUCCGUGCCGCCGGCCUGCCCGCCUCCCGCCCCCAUGUGGCUGCCACAUCCAGCAACAUGGGCCGUGGAGGCGACAAACUCAAGGAUCGCUACACCUGUAAGUUCUGUGGCAAGGUAUUCCCUCGAUCCGCAAAUCUAACCCGACAUCUUCGUACUCACACCGGGGAACAGCCUUAUAAGUGCGAUUACUGCGAUCGUUCCUUCAGCAUCUCAUCGAAUCUGCAGCGUCACGUGCGCAACAUCCACAACAAGGAGCGUCCCUUCCGUUGUCCCAUGUGCGAUCGUUGCUUUGGCCAGCAAACGAAUCUCGAUCGGCAUGUGAAGAAGCACGAGGCGGAUGCGGUGGGAAUCGAGUUUAACGAUUCCCCCAGCUCCAAUGAGGCCAAGGAUCGCGAGGAGACCUACUUUGAGGAAAUCCGAUCCUUCAUGAAGGGCGUCUAUACGCCCAGCAGUCUGGGCGGGGCCGAUGGCGAUACCGAGGAAUAUGCCGGAAGUGAUGAUCAGUUGUCAGUGUCGACGCGGCAAUCGGCCAACUUUGAUAAGGAAUUGCUGGCACAUGGCAACAACAAUAAUAAUAACAACAACAACAACAGCAUCAAUAAUGAGAACAACAAUAGCAACAGCAGCAGCAACAACAACAACAACACCACCAAUACCAACAACAAUCAGGCGGGCUUGGGCGAAACAAUUGCCGUUAGCACCUAAAGUUGCAGCAACAUUAUUGUUGUUGCUCCCGUUGUCGUUGUUGUUGUUGUUGAAUUCUUGUUGCUGAAAUUGAAAAACAAAUCCUACACAUUAUAUAAAGGGUAUUGUCCCAACUUCAACUUAAACUUCAACUGUAAAACUCUACAAAACUUACUUUAAACUUUACUUAAGCGUGCCUCCAAGAGGGAAACUAAUCUUUAAGUAGUUCGCAUUUUCCUUCUAGAUACUUAUUUAUCUAUGUAACUAAAAAUGAAUACAAUUAAAAUUAAAAGAAACCACAAUAAGAUUACGAUAAAAGGAAAAAAAUACUACUUUUAGCUAUGCAAUCAAUGGAAAAAGACGGUGAAGUAAGCAACAAAACAUAAUGAAAA